UUCCUCUUGUCGUUCAAAGUACAAAGAUACCUGAACAUAUAAGUUCCGCCGGUCACCUUUGUUUCGUGCAGUUCAGGGAUUGAUACUAGUGACAAGCAGCGGACGAAAACAUGUUGCGGCUAUUGUUUCUAGUUGUCUUCGUUUUGGUAAAAAGUAACGCGAAUGGCUGCGUUCCUCGUAGUUUCGGAAACGAUGGGAUCGUAUGCGUUUGCAAUGCAACGUAUUGUGAUAAUUUUCUGGAAAACGUGAAAAGCCCAGGCGGGGGAAAGGUCAAUUGGUAUGUUACGAACAAAGAAGGGCAGAGGCUGUCGUUAAAGACGGCACAGUUCGAUACUGAAGAAAAAUCGUCGCACAAUAUAACCAUAGACAUAGAUAGCUCAAUAAAAUAUCAACGGAUCAUUGGUUUCGGAGGUGCAAUGACUGAUUCUUCUGGCAUGAACAUAAUGAACCUUAGCCCGGGGACUCAACAGAAAUUGCUUGAAUCAUAUUUUGGAAAUUCGGGAGCUAAAUUUACAGUCGUCCGCAUACCGAUCGGUGGUACCGAUUUCUCGACGAGAAUUUACUCGUACGACGACUACGACGACGAUGCCUCGCUGGAACAUUUUGCGCUCGCGGAAGAAGAUUACAAGUAUAAAAUACCCCUUUUACUGGAAGCUAUGAAACUAGAACCAGACCUGAAGUUUAUUGCUAGUACUUGGUCUGCGCCGGCAUGGAUGAAAACGGUGGACUCGCUCACCGGAAAUUUCGGUCUCUUGAAGAUGGAAUACUUUCAAGUCUACGCCGACUAUCUGGUGAAAUUCUUGGACGAAUAUAAGGCGAAGGGAAUCAAAGUAGCGGCUAUUACGACAGGCAACGAACCGUCGACCGCUUUUUCAGUCAAAAUUCUUUUGAACAAAAUGGGAUGGACACCCGACAGUCUGGCCACGUGGAUCGUUGAGAACUUGGAACCAACUCUGACCAAGUCCGACCACAACGACACGUUGAUUCUGGCCCCAGAUGAUCAAACGCCUCUAGUACAAUCGUUUAUGGAGCAGAUGUUUUCGAAUGAAAAGGCAAGACAAUACGUUGCAGGUAUAGCUACCCAUUGGUAUAAUGAUGCAAAUCUAGUGGAUGCAGUUUUCACCUCGCUAGAAGAGGCGUUCCCCGAUAAGUUUCUUCUGAUGACGGAAGCAUCCAUAGGAGUCUAUGAAACCGAAAAAGUUGUGAUGGGAUCAUGGAAGCGAGCGGAGACUUAUAUUACCAGCAUAAUACAGUAUCUUAGCCAUCGGUAUGCUGGCUGGAUAGAGUGGAACAUAGCGCUGGAUACGAUCGGUGGGCCGACCUGGUCUAGAAAUUUCCUUGACACGUCUAUCCUCGUCAACGCGGAUGCAGACGAAUUUUAUAAGCAACCAAUGUAUUACGCCCUCGCGCAUGUGAGCAGAUUCGUGGUUAGGGACUCUUAUAGAAUUUCCAUGAACAUCCAUUCCGACGACGACCCUAUCCAAGGCUUAGCCUUUACUACACCAUCCUCUGAAACUGUUGUUUUGCUAUAUAACAGGGAUGUCGUCGCACAUAAAGUGGUUCUGAGAGACACAGAGAAACAUAAUCUUUCUAUACAAUUGUCUCCAAAAUCGAUAAAUACUUUAAUAUACAAGCUGUAAAAAUAUAUUACACAAGCCGCCAUGGUUCUACUUAUCAACAAUAUAUUUGACAUAA